GACCAGGGGCGGCAGAUCGCUUUCACCGACUCACAGCAACAGGUGGUCUCCGCUGCAGACGGACGACAAACAAGAUUCACUCUCCUGAAGGCUGAGCCCAAUGGAGCAGAACAGUUAAUGUGGCGGAAAUUUAAAGAGAACAUCACAAGUAUUUGUGCUUAUUUUGUUGGCUGACAAACAGUUCGGAGGACUUUGGGGUUCUUCACUGGAAAUAUCAGGAGUUUGAGGGAUUUCAUGCUCACUUUGCUCCACUACAGAGUCCACAUCUGUGCCACACAGCGUGGUUCAUCAACAUCAACAAAUGCAUCCACACGCCCACCCGCAUGUCUUCACUCCAAUCCUGCACACUUCCUCAACCAUCCUACCAGCUCCAACUGUGAUGGGAACUCAGGACAGAAAUUUCAACAUGCAGCUUCCAACACAAAUGACAUCGAGGACCUCUUUUGCUCCAGUCAGUGCCUUUAAAACACCAACACAGAAGUCUGUCAAACCACCACAAAUGCAGCAAAGACCCAACCGUCUACAUCAAGGAUAUUGUGGAUUCUGUUUCUAUUUCAAAUCCCGAGGGAGAUGGGGUGCACUGCAUGUCUGUAUCGCAUGGAAAAUUCACUACCACAAACAACUCAAGCAAAUGCUGCAAAAACCCAACAGUCUACAUCAAGAGAAUCCUGUCACCAGUUUACCCGACUCAGUGCAACACAAGGAAUCACAGCAGCCCUCCUGCAUGCAUCCGUAUUUGGACUUCUCAUGUGGACACAAUGCAUUUGGAAACACGUGUGAAAGGAGUGAAACUGGCAGAAUAAACCACAACAGAAGUUACCCUUCUGACGUUCGCACACCUUCACCAGCGUCUUGCCACAGUCGUGCAACAAAGAGGGAGCAGCCGGACCAGCCUCCAAACCUGCACUGGAGGGAGAAACCUGAUGAGAAGGAGAAACACAGGAGCUGUCAAACCGACACAAUGAAGGAUUUAUGUCUUACAGAGAAAUCACAGGACCCAAAGGUGACUCCAGAUCUUGUUGGCAGACACAGCAGCUCAGUUUACAGGAAAAGGCAGCUUGAGUGUGAAAGCUUCAUUAAAGUAAAGAGGGCGAAGCAGGAAAUCCUGGAUAACCAGUUUAGUGGUUCUAAGAAUCUGCACUCUGAUCAAUCUCCACUUAUUACGACUCACACACAUCCAGCUUCACACAUUGUACAAAGGCAGCAUAUGAACUUAAGUGAUUUAUCUGUCUUGCAUCCUAACAGCAGUAGAUGCAGCAUCUCUUUUCCAGUCACUGAACUGGAUCCCUACAAAGCUACUUCAUGGGACCAAAUGUUAGACAUUCACAGGAGAAUGGAUCUUCGUGAUAGACAAAAUGUGCUCAAAGACUACUCACUGAAUUCCUGCAAAGUAAUCAGGAUACCUGCUGCAGCUCAGAGGCAACAAAAUGCUCUUUAUGGUUUCUAUGCACCCCCUCUGUAUUUCCCUCCGGCUCUGAGGCAGCAGGAGAUCGUUUACCUGAGAGGAAGGGAAACACUCGCAUCAAGAGAUGUUUCACUACCACUGCAGACGUCACCGCCCUCAUCCUGGCAUUCUGGAAACGUCCUACCCGGAACUGUAAAUCUCAAGGGACUAUCUGAUAAAAAAGGAGAGCAGAUAUUAUCACAACAACAAUCACUCAAUAAUAGUUGAGUUCAGUGUGCAUCGUUUCAGUAGCGCUCCAUGCUGUCCCAAAUGUGAAAACCCAGAGAAAGUGGAGAGCUUUUGAUUACAGUCAAGUAUUACUAACAAAAGAUGCACAAUAGCUUUAGAUAGGGAAAGAGAAUUGUGAAUAAAGCUUGUUGUCCUGGAUAUGUGACUUUCUUACAAUAUGAUUCCCAUGUAAAACUGGUUCUUUCAUUAAACUCAUUAACAUUA